CUCUAAAAUCACAUAAAAGAAAAAAACUUAAAAAAAAAAUACGUUUAGCAUUUCUUUUUUUUUUUAAAUUUACGACAUCAAAUUAUAAUAGAGGCACAUUAAUUCCGCCUGCCUGAAAUGAGCUUCGAACUGCACAGCUGCGAGCUGUAUCCACGUAUACGGCCCACUGAAUUUUAUCGGACUCCCGAGCCGAGAGUCUCGGUACAAAGCCGCAAAGCGGAACAUCCAAGGGAGAAUGUGAGAAUGGCGAUGACGACCAAUGCGAACAUAACCUUCCCUCACAUUAUACCACCUCGAACAUCGGGUAUGCGCGUCCAGCGCAACAGUUACUUCUCCUAGUCGACGACCUACUAGGACGAGGUUACAACACGCAUGGGAUCGUAAAGUAAUGUCUAUGUUAAAUGUUUUUUAAAAUUGACUGUGGCAUAUUUUUUUUUUCGUACAUAAUAUAACAAUUAAUGUAAAAUCAAAAAAAUCGAGUGAUGAUGAUUUGAUCAACAAUUCCAGAAAA